UACACUCUGUACAUUCACAGAGUGGGAUGAGCGUGGGGGUUAUAGGGGCCCAGUUGGUCAUUUAUGCCCUGAGCCCCUCAAAAAGUUUAAUCCGGCCAUGUUAAAACCCUUCUGGAAAAUGUGAAUAAUGUUGUUAUGAGGGACAAAGUGUUAAUAUUAUCCUUCAUAAAGUAUUAGUUUACAAGUUAGGGCUUACUCUGCAUCCUUUUGGUACUUAACUCACUCUAAUAUCCAAGUGCACUAUAGUGAGUUUACUAUAUACAGUAGUGUCCAUGUCCCCACCAUUACAAUACAGUAGUAUUUUCUGCUUUAGUUAGAAAUGCAGCAGCACAGUAUUGCAUGCAGCCAGAGUGACAGGGUGAGUGUGUCACAUCUGAUGGUAAAGUGAGGCAGAGGGAAGGAGGGCUGAUGACACAGAGCUGGCACACACACACACACACACACACACACACACACAGAGAGAGAGAGAGAGAGACGCACAUUGUACUUUGUGCUGCUGGAGGAAAGAGGACGCGCGUUGCGCCUCUCCAUCACAUUUCACUUUCCAAACACUGACGGGAAAAAACAAAGAAGCCAGGAUGUAGAAAAACAAAACAAGAAACAAAACCUUUAGAGACGUCCACAAAUCCCGCUGUACAACCCAAGUCCUGUGGUCCCACAGACCGGUUCAUUCUGCUCCAUCACCCGCGUCUUUGUGCGCUCUGCUCGGUGCCGGAGUCCGACCGACGAGGAGGAGGAGGAGGAGAGGUGAUGCUGCUCGCUGCUUCAUCAUCCCGCUGGAUGGAUCCAAGCUCUUCUUCUCUCACUUGUAAUAAUAACUGAGGACUCGGUCUUUACAGAAAGUCUGAUUUUUGUUUGGAAGACUUGGGAUUUCGUCCCCCCCUCCACUUUUAUCGAUGUUAGUUGAUCUCGAGGAGAGUCGACUCUGAAGGCGAGGAGGACUUCUUUGAAGACUUCACGAUGUCAGGAGUAGCAGGGUGGCUCCCCUUUGCCAGGGCGGCAGCCAUUGGCUGGAUGCCCGUUGCCAAUUGCCCCAUGCCUGUUGCACCGAUGGACAACAGCAAGAGAAAAGACGAGCUGAUCAUCCUCAACGUCAGCGGCCGCCGCUUUCAGACCUGGAGAACAACUCUGGACCGCUACCCCGACACCUUGCUGGGCAGCUCUGAAAAGGACUACUUUUACAACGAGGAAAUCAAGGAGUACUUCUUUGACCGGGACCCCGACGCCUUCAGGAGCAUCCUCAACUUCUACCGGACAGGGAAGCUUCACUACCCCCGCCAGGAGUGCAUCUCGGCCUACGACGAGGAGUUGAUUUUCUUCGGCAUCAUCCCUGAGAUCAUCGGCGACUGUUGCUACGAAGAGUACAAGGACAGGAAGAGGGAGAACUUAGAGCGGCUGCAAGACGACCAGGAAGAUAACAAGGACAUGAAGCUGCCCCACAUGAACUUCAGGGAGACCAUGUGGCGUGCUUUCGAGAACCCCCACACCUCCACCAUGGCCCUGGUCUUCUACUACGUCACUGGCUUCUUCAUCGCCAUCUCGGUCCUCACCAACGUGGUAGAGACGGUGCCCUGCGGCUCCACCGCCAACCAGAAAGACAUGCCUUGCGGCGAACGCUACACGGUGGCGUUCUUCUGCAUGGACACCGCCUGCGUCAUGAUAUUCACGGUGGAGUACCUGAUGCGUCUGUUUGCCGCGCCCAGCCGUUACCGCUUCAUGCGCUCGGUGAUGAGCAUCAUCGACGUGGUGGCCAUCUUGCCGUACUACAUCGGCCUGGUGAUGUCCAACAACGAGGACGUGAGCGGCGCCUUCGUGACGCUGCGGGUGUUUCGAGUGUUUCGCAUCUUCAAGUUCUCCCGCCACUCGCAGGGCCUGCGGAUCCUGGGCUAUACGCUAAAGAGUUGCGCUUCAGAGCUGGGCUUCCUCCUCUUCUCGCUCACCAUGGCCAUCAUCAUCUUCGCCACGGUCAUGUUCUACGCAGAGAAGGGCUCCAGCUCCAGCAAGUUCACCAGCAUCCCAGCUUCCUUCUGGUACACUAUUGUCACCAUGACGACGCUCGGGUACGGAGACAUGGUGCCAAAGACGAUCGCCGGGAAGAUCUUCGGCUCCAUCUGCUCCCUGAGCGGCGUGCUGGUGAUCGCUCUGCCCGUCCCAGUUAUCGUCUCCAACUUCAGUCGCAUCUACCACCAGAACCAGAGAGCAGACAAACGCCGCGCUCAGAAGAAAGCCAGACUGGCCAGGAUAAGAAUAUCCAAGUCCGGCAGCGCCAACGCCUUCAUGCACAGCAAACGCAACGGACUGCUCAACGAACUGCUGGAACUGACGGAUACAGAAGAGGAUGAGCAGAAGCUGGCUAAGUCCAUCUCUCUGUUAGAGAGCCAACACCACCACCUACUGAACUGUCUGGAGAAAACCACUGCUCAUGAGUUUGUGGACGUGCAGAUGUUUGAGCAGAACUGUUUAGAGUCGGCGUUACAGACCUACCCGUCACGCAGCCCCUCUAUAUCCAGCCACGACAGCUCUGUGGGUACCUGCUGUUGCCGCAGGGCAAAGAGAAACACUCCUCUGCCCAACGCCAGCCUGCCCUCCAGCCAUCCCAUCGCAACACACCAGGGCCCCCUGCAGGAGCUCAGUGCCAUCCACAUACAGUGUGCUGGCCAACCGUUACACACCGCCAGUCGUUUGAACCUCAACCAGAAAACCAAUGAAAGUGGCUGGAUCAACAGCAAAGGCAGCCGGAUUACCACGGCGAUCAUCAGCCUCCCAUCGCCCCCCGCUCUGGCCCCUGAUAGCGAUGGUCUCCGCGGGCCCCCACAGAGGAGGCCGCCGCCACCUCCAGGUCACCCUCCUCCAAGCAUCCAGACCACAACAAGCUCAGCUGGCAGCAACAUUGUAAAAGUCUCUGCUCUGUGACUCUCUGGACGACAGAUGUAACUCAGCUCAGCAGGAGGAAAGAAAGGAGGAAGAAGAAGAACAAGAAGAGGAGGAGGAGGAGGAGGCAAAGCAGGUCACACUACCUUUAUGGACGCACCAUGUCCCGUAUCAAAGGGUCAGCAGGAAGAGCGCUGUACUCCAGAGGAGUUUAAAAGAAGACAGAUGAUGAGGAGCCAUAACUGAGGUAGAGGAUUGUAGAUAAUGUGAACCGAGAAUCACGCACUCGUCAUGUCGUGUAUGUACUGUAGAUACGGACAGAGUCGCUGCAUUUAUAAUAGUUUCUAACAGCAGUACAGGUGUUUUACAGCAAGUGCUGUGGAAAAGAUUGAAAGACAUUGUGCAAUUAGCAUAUCCGUACAUCAGCAGAUGCUGUUCGACGUACCACAAUUUCACAGUAAAUUUAAAGUGAAUUCACAGUGAAAUAGUGAAACGGAUAUUUUGUCGACUUUAAAUGUGUUUGAAGAAAGACGAAGUGUUGAGUGUCUUUACUUGAAUUUAAUUGGUCUCGUUUGUGUUAUGUGUCGUUUGUCUUAAGUAUUUUGAGGGAAAAAAACAAUUGAACUUUUAGCUUUUCUUUACAGCAUCAUUUGAAAAGUCACGGUACCGACGAUGCUGCUAAUAUCAUAUCGCUGAAAUGUGAGUUUGAUGGGUUUGAGACUGCAAAGAGUGUUUUUUUUUGUUGGAAAAUUGUAUCUAUUCAUUGUGUCAAAGAAUCAAACCAAACUGUGCUUUUUAGUUGCUUCGUGUUUAAAUGUCUGACUGGAGAUGGAUUGCAGGGAGUGAGGCUGACCUGACACUGUCUUCAUGACUUACUGUACAGGCUUUCAUACUGAGAUGAGACAGAGCAGUGGGUCUCAGCUUGAAAGUAAAAACCCUCCAGAUGACCACAAAAUGACUUUCAAGUGAAGGUUUAUGAUUAAAGGACAAGGCCGGUGUUAUUCUAUUUUUUUUUUUUUUUUUUUUGUCAACCACUAACAUGAAAAGAACAAAACCAGCCGUCUGUGUUAGUCUGUCUCUCAAAACUUUCUGAUUUUCGCACCCAAGACCCAAGCCCAUUUGUUCCUACUGAAGACACAAAUUAUAGAAAGGCAUCACAAAACAGUUUUUUUAAAACAGCUUAGCAACACAUGGCCAUUGCAGUUUCUAGCAAACGUUACUCAAACAGGAGUAAUAGUGCAGUUAUUUAGGACUAUUUUCAGCCGCGGAUGAAUACAUAUUUGAGUUCAAGUAACAGCAGCAGGACGGCGUAUAUGAGAAAUAAACUGCAGUGCCCGUGUUCACUGUAAUGAAAGAACAUGUCAUUCAGUGAAGCUUACUGAUGUGUUGUUAUGGAGGUCUACUGCACAUAGGCUUUGGCUGCCCAGACAAUACUUGUAAGUAGGAUUGAUUCAUUGUUGAUUUUGGUGUUUUCAUUGGAUUUGUUGAGGAAAAUAUAGACUAUUUCCAGUAAUGAAAUGAUAUCCAGUUUAUAUAAAUGUGAUUGGUGGUUUUUGUCCCUGUGGAAUAAUUAAAAGUUGCAGCUGUUAUGCUGCCUCUACUCGCCGAGUGUCGUGGGCUGAGAGGGAGACGAGAAAAUGAUAAUGUGCGUAUUCAUUGUGAGCAUGAGUGGGCAUUUUAGGCAUUGAAUACCAAAAAGGUUGAGCACCACUUUCAUAUCAAGCAACCAGUCCUAGAACAUUACAGGAAGGAGGCCAAUUCAUGUUCAACCCAGAUUUUUCAAACUAAAACUGAAACUAAAAAGCUACAUGAAAGCUGAUUAUUUGUAGAGCUUUAAAAAGGAGAGAACAAGGGUACAAUAUGCAAAUGUAAAAAUGUUUUUGGGAAAUCCAGUUGCUCUUCUUUUGGAUGAAAAUUGUAUUUUGUCAUCUUCUCUCUCUCUCUCUUUUUCUUUGAAUAAAUUCUAACAAAGCAGAAAAAAACAACAUUGGUUGACUUCAGUUGUACCAUUUAUGUCUUGAGUUAAACUAUCAAUGAAGAGAUGCUGUUUCACAGCUGACUACAGCGUGUUCAUGAGAACUUGAAAAUAUCUUUUCCUUUUUAAAUAAUUGUGACAGUUUCUAAGUUUUAAAUGUACUUUAAAACUUUUAAGUUUACAUGUUUUAAAGAAAGCAAGUAAAUGAGAAUACAUAGGAAUACCAGUUUGACAGAAUAAUCCCAACUCAAGGUCCUCUUUUCUAGCUUUUCCAGAGCUUUUAACUGUAUAGCACUGUCUUUCAUUAACAAAUUAGCUUUUGCUAAGUUGUCAUGGAGACGGAUAUGUUGACAUGCAUAAAAUGUGCUUUUCUUUUUAAGUCAACAUGGAUAAGAAGUACUAAAAGUGCUGUUGAAUUAAAUAACAGCUACAGCGCAUGCAGAGCCUGCACUGAUGAAGACCAUGUGAUGUGGUUGAAAGCCUCAGCAAAAGGCAUUAAGAGGACCUUGAACUGGCUCUGUUCUAUCAAACCAUUUCCAAGGUCAAUUAAGAACUUUAAAGCUCAAGAAUAGGUGAUUAAUAAGCAGCUCAAUCAUGAUAGUCUCAAAGAUGAUCACAAGAUGGCAGAAGUGAUGCAACAAAAUGAUGGAAAAUUAUUCCAAAAAGAUUUGUUCUAAUCCGGCUCGGAGCCCUUCUGUGUGGAGUUUGCAUGUUCUCCCCGUGUUAGUUUGGGUUUUCUCAGAGUUCUCAGGCUUCCUCCCACAGUCCAAAGACAUGCAGGUUAAUUGUUGACUCUAAAUUGCCCGUAGGUGUGAAUGUGAGUGUGAAUGGUUGUCUGUCUCUAUGUGUCAGCCCUGUGAUAGUCUGGCGACCUCUCCAGGGUGUACCCCGCCUUUCGCCCAAUGUCAGCUGGGAUCGGCUCCAGCCCAUCCGCGACCCUAAAUAGAAUAAGCGGUUACAGAUGAUGGAGGAUGAAGAUUUGGUCUGGUUUAUGGCCUUACUCCUGCACUCAUAUAUUAUUUAUUUUCCGCUGCACAUUGUUGUUCAUUUGAAGUUGAUAGACGGCCUGGUGUUUGGAAUAGUUUGUGACUACUUGCCAAGUGUGCUCUGGUUAUCUGUAUCAAAUAAACAAUGUGUUUAUUUGUUUUUAUUGUUUUUUUGCUAAAGUGGAAACUAUGAUUAAACUGUAGUGUUUUUUCGAUCAUGAAGCACCAAGUGAAAUUGUUUUGGCUGUAUCGGUAUACUUUGUGUUGCAUUCCUGCAUUUUGUUCUCAUUUUAAAACGGAGGUGAACGUAUUUGUGCCAAAAGGGUCACUUUUCCAUCCUCUGUAAGAACAACAAAGUAGUAGUACACUUAAUGCUGCUAUAUAAAAAAAUUACAAACCCUAUAGAUCAUUUUUCCUCUCACUGUUAAUGCUGAAAAUAACGAGCGUCCACUCCGUCGUGGUGUUCAUAGCUUGGAUCUUGGUUUACACAGUAUCUACACAUUAAGGCUUUUUGCCGUAUCAUAGAUCACCACCAUGCUUCAACAACAGAAAGCACUUCUCUCACUGAUGAUUACUCGUUGUCAUUAUAUGAUUCACUUGACUUCAAAAGGCAUUGUGGGGGUCAAUUUUUUAAAAGUCUUGGCAUUGCUGUUUGUGUAGUUUCUUAUCUUUUUAUUCUUUUGAACUGAGCUUUUCUGUCUGUUUGCUGUUUACCGUAUUCUGUCAGUUUAUUUGUUAUAACAGCUAUGAAGUGUCAGAUGAGAAUUAAAAUCUGCCACAGCAA